AUGUGGAAUGAACAGAGGCCACCACAAAAGCGUUCAUUAAACGGCCCAUCAUCGUGCUCCAGCAGCUCCCUUUGGGGCUUUGGCAUGCAAGGCGGAAAAUCAACUGGACCCGUCCUCACCCCCGCUAGGAGGGCCCCUCCCGGGGGCCCCCAAGCUGUUGCUCCAGCUCUUCCAGGAGAUUGCAGCAUAUCGGAUCCACCAAACCCGCUUUCUCCCAGGAAGCCCCUUGCAGCUCCGCAAGGCUGGAGCGCGUGCGGGUGUCUGUAUGUGCGACUGAGAAAAUCCUUCAAUAGGCCUCCCUCGGCUCGGAGGGGGCCCUUCCAAUGGAGCUGUGGGGGGUUGAAGGGUGACGCCAUGGGCCCCCUGUUCUUCGAGGAGGGCACUGAGGUCCCCAGCGGGUUUAGGGCGGAGGGGCCCUGUCGAUUGCACAGUGGCAAUGAAGGUGCUUCGGAGCAAAUUGGGGGCAACAGAAGCAGCGAAAGCGUCCAUGGGAGCUCUCCAGCCCCUCGAGUAGAGGGUGGGGGAUGUGGCACCGAAGCGUGGAGGCUCCCCUUGAUGUGGCAAAGAAUGAGGCUUCGCCAAGCCAACUUCUGUGCGGAAGCAGCUAUUGCGAGAGAAGCAGCUUUAUCAAGAGAAGCAGCUUUAGCAAGAGCAGCUGCAGCAGAAGCAGUUGCAGCAGAGACAGCAGCAGUCCGCACGGCAACAGCAGCGGCAGUAUCAGAAGCGGCUUUGCGGAGGUCUAGCGUUCCCGUUGUCGUACAGGCGGAUCUUCCAGGUGAUCAUAUCCUCACACGUGAAUACCCUUCUUUUGAGGAUGUGGCAACACGCCUUCCGCCUAGAGGUGUAAGCGAUCUUCCUCAAGGAUCUCCUGAAGCACCUCCUGCAUCCCUGGGGACUGCAGGAGUCGGCGUGGGUGCCCUGGGGAGGGGUGGCCCCCUGUGGAACGUUCUGGGAAGUGAUCAGGCUGCCGUCAAUGCAGCGAUUGAGGAGGAAAAGAAGUUCGUUGAGGAGCGAUGGCUGCAGCGCCUGGCGGAGACUCACAGGCUGACGAGCAAACAACACGACUCCGUCCGAGAAGAACAGGCAGAAAAGCUAAAAAGGAUGAAGCAGCCCAAAUGGGCCUUUGCCGUGGAUCAUGAGGAAGUAGAGGCCCCCGCAGCCUUGUCCUACGACUUUAAGACCUAUGGGCCUCACUUUGAGGCUUACAUUGACGAGACGGCAGCGCAGGUGACGUCCUCGGAGCUGCACUUCGAUCUGGCUUCAGAGUCUUUCGAGGAAACACCCCUUCUCGACUCAAGAGAAAGAAGUGCGAAGAGUAGAAAGGAAAAGGGGGAGAAGGAGGAGGAUCUAGAGCGCUUCCGCGCGGCUUCUGCUCAUGCCCUUGCUGCCGGCGAGGUGUAUGGACCGUCAGCAAGCGGAUUUCGAUUGAAGCAGAUAAGCCCGCCUGUAGCUCAUCGCGCAGGCAUCAGCUCUUUCUUCUACUUCCACGCCCCCCACUCAGCACCCUUCGUCCCCUUUAUUAACGCGUGUAGAAGAGAGACAUUUGGGCUGCCCCGUCCCGCCGUCACGGCUCUAAAGAUCGAGAACCUGGAUUCUUUUGUAGAUGCACCGCCUCUACAGCCACCCCCGCCAAGCCAGGCAAACAUUCCAGACUUGCAUCAGCAUCCCCUGCAGCAAAAGCAGCGGCAAAUGCGGGGUCUUGGGGCCUCUACCUUCAUGACUCGGCUCCCCGUAGAGUUCGGCAUGUGCGUCAUCGGGAUGAGGGAAGACGUCGAGGACCUUGUAGAGAACCUCCGGCAAAUAAUCUUCAGACGGAAGAAGAAAUCCCGCCGCCCCUCAAAGGCCUCAGCAGAGGAGCCGCGUCAGGGCACUUACGAGAAUCCUUGGGUUGCAUCGCUCUCCGUCAAAGGCCCGAUCGCCGCUGUUGCAGGAGAUUUGGUGCUACCGGAUGAGCUGGAGGUGGUCAACAAGUCGCAAUACUUGUGCACGAUGAAUGCGAAUUACUACCUAAACUUCAAGGUGAAGAUAGAGGAGAUCGAAGAAUUUGUCCUGCCCGAAUUCGGCUAUGACAGCCUAAACAGAGACAUAGACGCCGAUGGAUUCUUCUAUUUCGCGAGCUACUGCUGCCCCGUGCCAGUCUUCGGCUUUGAUGCUCAGAGGGUGCCUGAGGCGACCAUUAGCGCUGCAACUCCUGAAGCGCACAGAAGGGCCUUGCAAUAUUACGGCACGGUAUCGUACGAGGACGCUCAGAGACAGAGAUACGGGAGGGACCCCUCGAGUGAUCCUGUGCUCACGGAAUACGCGCAGUGUCUCCCUAGCGACGCCCUUAGGGGAAGGGGGGGAGGCACUACUGCAGAGGGAAAGAGGCCUUCUUCUGUACCUCCGGAUGCCUCCUGCCCACCGAGCAAAGCGACGCAGAACACGCCCCCCGAAACUCCAAACGAAAUUCAAACAGGACAAGAACGUAAAUCCUCCGGGGUUCCCACGUCUGAAACUGCACCGCCCUUCCCGUAUGAAUCCCUUGGCGAGAUCGUGACAAUAGAGGUUCACACGGACGGCUCUGCAACUCCACGAGAAGCGUUUCUGGAGGCCAUUGAGAGGGUAGGCGGACUCGCUAGUGCUGUUGGCGGGGCCCUCCUCAAGAAUUGCAAAAUCUCCAGAGACGGCUCCGUGGAAGAAGAAUUCGAGGACCCCGACAUGUAUCAAGAUAAACACAGAUACACCGGCGUGCCGUGGAACCCCCAUAAGGAUUCCCUCGCCAGGACCCUGGACCGUCAUAAAACGUAUUUUAGAAAUGACAUGCUGCGGCAAUACAGUCCAGUCAAGGAACAGCUCUUGCGCCGUAGGGAGCUCUUCGGCGAUGAGAAGCCAGCCCCUGAAGGGGCACUUCCAGCUCGGUCCACAGAGAAGGCGAAGGAGGGCCCUUCUGGCCCCCUAGCAGAGCAGUCAGAGGGGCCCCCUCAGGUGGCGGACGGGGGUCCUCCGGGGAGCCUUAGCGAUGAGCAAGAGCGCUUGCUUGACGAAGAAGAGCUCGAGGAUGAGCUCGUUCAGCGAAGUCCUACCCUGCGUGUCGAGAGGGAGAAGGAAUACCAGGCGGCCUUGAAGCUACGCGCCGACAUUGAAGUGGGCAAGAAGCUGCAGGAACGGGGGGAUGGAGAAGGACUCCCGAAGUUUCCCAUUAAGCACAAAGGCCUCGAGAUGCCUCCUGACUGGGUCUUUGAAGACUUCAUGGCGCAGCGUGUGCCUGUGGGGUGGGUUACUGGUUUUACCGACGACUGA